AUGGCAAGUGCAGAGAGCAUUGACCUUUCAAAAAUCCUCACUCUAGAGCUAUUUGAGUCGCUCCGCCGUACGCAGCUGCCAUGGCCUGAGGACCAACCGCUCAAUUUCACCACCGUCGCAAAGUUGUUCUUCGGCGGCGAGCCGGAUACCCGCGCGGAUUACUACAGGCUUACGUUCCACCAAGCCCUCAAGCCACUUUCUACGCUCGGCGUGGAGAACAUGCCUGAUUUGAUGCAGUUCCUUCCCCCACCUGAGGCGAACGACUUCCCGUCGAAAGCAGCUGGCCUCCUGUUUCUACUCGACCAAGCCCCGCGCUCUACUCUAUCUGGGGUGAACGAGCGUUAUAUAUACGGCCACUUUGAUGCUUUUGCGUCGAAACUCGCACUGCAGCUCCUGGCUCUCCCGCCACACCUGCGGCCGGACACCAUGGAGAGGCUCAUGAUGCAAGGAUGGAGCUACGACUACGCCAUGGUCGCUCGUUUCUGGUUCUACAUACCGCUCGUCCACUCGGAGAACCUCGAGAAUCAUGAGAAGCAGCUUAUCUUGAUGGAAGCUGUCCGCUCCGAUGUCGAGAAGCACGUCGGAAAGAAGGAUCCCGGACGAGAGAAGAUGGCGGAGGACCUCACGGAUAUUUACGGCUUCCCUAAAGUCGUCACCGAGCCACCUAUCCGCAACGGCAGCGAGAUCGACGAUUUCUUCUUCUGGCUAAUGCGUCUCGUCGUCGUCCAUGUCCCCAUUAUCCGGAAGUUUAGUCGCUAUCCGUACCGUAACAACUCACUCGGGCGUAUCUCCACGAAGGACGAGAAACAGUAUGCAGAAGACACGGAUUACUUCGCGACGCAGACAGAUGAGGAGGUGAUUAAGAAGAUUCUGGCGGAUGUGGAGGCAGGAAGAUGGAGUCCUCUAGUACAGGACGAGCCUGGGUCCGCGUGA